GUGUGCAGGGGGUCAUGGCACCACCAAGCAAGUUAUGGUAUGUGUACAUGGAAACAGUUUGAGGGGCAAACGACUUAAUAAAGAAGAAAGAUUUUUAGAUUUAGUAAGGUUUUCAGCUUUAUAGAAGGUAUUUAUAGAUAUUUCUUAGCACGUUGACUUUUUUAGUUGAGUUGAUAACAUUUUCCAGAGACAGCUUGAAUAAAUUGAGCCUGGGGGGGGGGGCCUGAGAAUCACGUUUAGUGAUGUAGGGGGACCCACCAUGGUUGGGGCCGACGUGGAAGAAAAUUUUUGAAAUCAUACCUUCUAAAUAGCUAAAAAAGCAUCUCCCUGGCCAAGUUUAACAAAAUACUAUACCGUUCAGAUUAGACAAAUCGACGUUUCUCAGAAGAACACAGAUUAUUGUUUCUCGGAGAGUCUAGUGACAGAUGUUGGGGAAAUGCUUAAACUCUAGUGACAGACGUUGGAGAAAAGAAAGAAAAGGUGUUUUCUAUUCGAGAGCAAGCGUUUUUUUCUUGAAACCAUAUCGGAUUCGAAAUAACUCAAUAACUCAGCAAAACUUUGUUAGGUUCUAACCCAGCUACUGGGGAUUCCUUUCUUUAAAAGAAAAUGACGAUAAUUUCUAAACAAAUCGUUUUGCUCCAGAUUUUUGGGGGUCCAGUCCCCCCGUCCCCCCCCCCGGGAUUUACGGUCCUUGCUUAUCUUAGUACUCCUCACCGUGAAUCGUGUGUGUUCUGAACAUUUUAAUCGACGCGCCAUCUUUUUAUACAUUUACCUCAGCACUCAAGCGCGAACCAUUCCGCAAGAUUUACAUGUUUUGUCAGGCAAAUUGUUAGCUUCAGCGUGAGCAAAUAAAAUUAGUUAGUUUGAGACAUCGAUUUUUGCUAAGACUUAAUUUGCUGUAACGCAUUUAUGAGCCUCUUCUCUUCUGCCCUACACGGUCAGAACUCCGGUUAAGCUCUACAAGGUAUAUGUAAACACUUUUAUAAAAACCAGAAAGUGUUUUCGAGGAUCGAUGUUGUUUUUUGAGAAUAUGAGGCUCGGGUGUUCAGAAAGUUAUUCCAAUUUCAACAUCAGGUCUUUUACAACUAUAUACUCUACACAUUUUAUCUAAGACAACUUAAUAACGGUUUGACAAGAUUGUCUUAGCAGCACGACUGGCUGUGUUUUGUUUUGUUUACAAAUUUUCGAAAAACACAUUUUUUUUCAUAUUCUAAUUUUAUAUCUGGGCUGUUCAUGAUCUUACGUUUUUCCUAGUUUCCUUCUUCUCGAAUCGAGCGUCGGUGAAAAGCGUGUUAUUAUAGAGCAAAAGGCAUGUACCUUGGAAAGUCGAGCUUGCAAAUGAGUAAACUUUUUAGAUUGCAUGGAAGCAUAAUUUACCCAUCCUACUUUUUACAAGAAGACAAAAAAGCCCCUUUGUCAGAAAGAGUGUCCCAUUUUGUUCAGAUAAGGGUAAUGUCCAGAGAAGUGUCCCUUUUCCAAGAUAAAUGUGCUUUUGUCAGAAGAGAAAAGGGCCUUUUGUGAAAAAGGAGCAGUUUUUGGCUUUUACUCUACAUCAGGUGCCUUUUCCCCUUAAAAGUUUGGGCCCGUUUCAGCAUUUCAUUGGAGUGCCCAACAUUGGAACUUUGGAGACAGAAAGAUCGAACUCGAAUGCAAACUCUGCAUGCAGAGCUCCAAGCUGGUGCUUUCAAAGUAGUAUGGGACAAGCAUCUCACUCCACUUAAUAAAAUGCUUGUUGAAUCAUAAAAAUAAAAAUUAAUAUUGAUAUUUGUUUUUUGCGCUUAUCAAGAGCAAGCACGUGUUAAAACUUUCUCACCUUUUCACAUACAUCAUUUAGAUGUUCUGUUUUAAGGUUUUAAAGAAAUUCCGUUUUGUGUGUUAUUGUUAGAGCUGCUUUUACAGAAUUUUCAGAAAUGGAAGUCUCUCAAUUUGCAAACGAAUCGUAAAGCCAACGCUGCCCUCCGUUUCACUGGCGGAACUUUUCAUAAGGCCAAAACAAGAUAUCAUUUUAUGCAGAAAGGCUAAUAAGCGAUUGAAUGCGAAGGCUUUCUCUUCCUGACAUGACUAAUCGGACAGAGAUGUCUUUCGAUGCUUGAAAAAUGGAUUGGCUUGUGAGAAGAGCCCCCACAUGGCAGAUUACGGAUUCGAUUUUAUCCACUUUUUGCACAAAACAGUUCUCAAAUCCCGCAAAUGUUUCCCAGGAUUUUCAAACAAAAGGCUCCUAACCACGAUAGAACCGAGGAUUAGGCAGUCAGCUUACCCGCUGCGAGAGAUCUGUGUUGCGCGUUGCACAUUGAAUCGAGGCCAUGGGCAAAUACGUCUGCCCAACUAUCUAUAAAGGAACGUAUCGGAAGCACAUGGUAUGUGUAACUAUUUCGAACAGUCCACAUCGUAUAUCGAUUGUGCACUGGUUCCAUACGUAUUUUUGUAGGCAUAACACAGACAAGACCUCUUAAAAUGAUAAAAAUCUCGAAACAGUGACCUUGCGGAUACACUAAAUAAUGCAAACAUUUCAUGAAUACAUUGGCUGUGAAGUUACUUCUUUUUAUCUUCUUUGCGUAAUAUGAUUAUGCGGGAAAAGACAAAAUAGGUUAGAUGAAAAGACGAGCUGUAAAGACCUGAGAGCGAGAUCACUUUGCUUCCAUAUAAAUCGCGUUGGUUUUUACACACAGCAGAGUGGCUAUGCAGAAUCAUUAAUCCUCGUGUAUGUGUUCCUUCACCGUUUGGCGUCGGUUUGUUGUUGGUCUUUUACAUGAUCGCGUGAAUCAAGUCAAACACGUAGUUAACACCACUAAUCCUGGCGUUACACGAAGCCGAACAUUACCGUAUGUAUAAAAAGAGGGGAAAGCAAUUCAAUCGAGGAAGCUAUUUUCAAAGGCAGUAAACUGUUCGUGCAGCUAUUAAGCGUGCUCCCGGAUCUGCUUAUACACACAAGUUUUUGACAAAGUUUUCAUCUAAGGUAGAAGCACUGACGUGUAAAACUCGUUUGCGGAUGGAAUAUCGUCGAAUUGUUCUCGGCCAUUGUCCGUAGUAUAUGUCAAUUGAAGCAAAGAGGCAAUUAGUUUGGAAGAGGUUUACUGAUGACUCCAAUGGGUCUGAUUUUAUUUUGAAGAAUUUUAUUCGAAGGGCAGCUCUAAUCCUUCUUGCAAAUCUCUAUAAAAUGCAUCGCUGGAAAUCAUUUCCUUCCAAAAUGGUCUGGAGAGGGGCUCACAACAAUUUCGUGGAAGUAUUUUAUAUGAUUUUGUUACUUUUUUACGUCGUGAACUUCGGCAAGUGUGACGUAACGAAGGACAGUAGCGAGAAACGUCAUGGUUUAGGCUUUCUCGAUCUCGGCAGGAAAAAAUUUGUAACAGGCAGAGAGGACAAAUACCAAAACAAUCUGGUUUUAACGCGCAUAAGGAAUGCGGAGAAACUGAAUGCAACCUGUAUUGAUAACUCUGAUGCUGUAUUCUACAGAAACACUGUCUCCCAUUCAAAGCACUGGAUAAUUCAUUUGCAGGCCGGUGGUAGUUGUGUUUCUUUAGACGACUGCUUAGAAAGAUCAAAUGGCCCACUUGGCUCUUCUAUUCAUAUGGACUACGCGUUCACAGGCGAAUACACGUUGUCAGAUGACCCUAAAGUUAACCCUACUUUCUAUUCUUGGAAUAAAGUUUUUAUACCAUAUUGCAGUGGUGACGUAUUUGUUGGAAGAAAACCAAAAGAACAGCAUCCAUUCAAGAUGCCCAUGCUUGGUCAUUAUAUAGUUGUUGCUGUUGUCAAGCAGUUGAUUCAUGAUUACAGAAUCAAUAGAAAAGGCGUCAAGAUACUAUUCGGUGGCACAUCAGCUGGUGGACUCGGUGUUUUGGCAAAUGCAGAUCAUGUUCAGAACCUAACCCAUCCAGCAGAGGUAAAGGCGUACAAUGAUGGGGGAUGGUUUACCCUGUACCCAAAUUUUGGUGAAAAUUUCUUCAGUCCUGAAUUGCCGCAGUUUUUCAAAUUUCUUACAUACGUUUUUGAUCACUAUUGGGACGGUUUCGUUGAUGAGACAUGCCGCGAGCAGAUGCCGAAAGCAGCUGCCUGCCUCUAUGGUGAACUCGCGACGAAGCAUAUCCAAACGCCUUUGUAUGUGAUGGUUGCCCAAUGGGAUUCAUAUCAGCUGACACGCCUUGUUGCUGUCAAUUUUAAGUCAAUUUCACUGCCACCGAAGAAGAACAAAGAGCGGACUUACCUUGCUAAAUUUGGCAACAACACUUUCAGGUCAUUGACAACGCUCGCUGCUCGUUCGAAAUGUGGUGUCUUCUCCCCUGCCUGUCACUGCCAUACUUUCUUGACAUCUUGUUUUGAAGGCAGCACAAGCUGUCAGUACCCUCCAUCAAACAAAUACUCUAUAAAAGGACGGACAGCAUAUAAAGCAUUGUCAGAGUGGUACACGUCUGAUGGUAAAAAGGGGACAUACGUAGAAAAACCAAAACAAACUCCCUCUUGUAAUCCUACAUGCUGCUCUUCUCUCUGUUACAAGUGCAAAUUGGAAUCAAGAAAUAUUACACCAACAAAGAAAGUGACGAGAAAAGACCCAGAAAUCAAGGAGAAAACGCUACUGAAACGAGUUCCUAAAAAGAAAAAUUACUAUCUGUACUACUCAAACAGAUCAUGGAAAUUACUGGGGGACUCACUACAUUUCCUGCUGCUCUGGCUGAUGCUAAGUCACUAUCUAGUUGCGAGUUGAUAAAACACUAACGCAAGGCAAUACAAUGCAAAUGCUUUUGUUGGGAUGUUGGUUAUUCAUUGGAAUGGUACAAGACAAAUAAAGCCAAAGGAACCUCGAUCGCAUCGUGUUCAUAAAUCAUAUGCAUCAAUUAUGGUGGAGUCUUGAUUUGAGCUAAGAAAGAAAAAUCAUUUUGAUGACCAGGAGAAUCAAUUUUUGACAGGGUCAGGGUGGAAUAAGAAACGCCUGAAAGCCGUGGAUUGCAUUUACUUUGCGCAUUUAAAUGUGCGAGUGACGUAUUGUCACCUAUCGUUCAGUUAUUAAGUAAAUACCAUUUACGUAGAUGCAAGUUAAAAAUAUACAAAGACAAGUAAAUGGAUAUCAAUUACCUCCAAUUUAUCUAUAUAUAUUCAACCAAGCAACAAACAUAAUUAAGAAAAUCCAGGUAGUACAAAUAAAGUUCUAAGUUAUGACGUCACAAAAAUCUUUUUAGAAUGUUUGGAUUUAGAGCACAUAAUCGGAAAGAGAAUCUUUGAAUGCCUCCAAAUGUGCAUAAUCAGCUAGAUCUGUUCAGGAUUGCUUAAGAUAUGGCCACAUAAGCACAGGUUUUUUCCCUAUCAGAUCACUGUAAUUCGGUCUUUAUCAACCAAGUCAAAAUAAUGGCAGGCUGCUAGCAAACCUCAAAUCCUUUAUUGGCCAUAUCGCACCAGUUCUAAAAUUAUUCAACUGAUUUUCCAUGUUUUAAUGUAUUUUAUUGCAUUUUUUUGGGUUUGCGAUCACAAAUGUGAAUUAGGUCACAAAUUAAGACUAGAUUUUUAUGACGUCACAUUUUAGAGCUCUAUGUAUGAAAGAGACACCCUGCAUCAAAACUUUUGAGUGACCUUGUAAAGACCAUUUUUUUCCGGGAAGCAAGAUUUCACAAUAGGCGAGUCACCUUAAUUCAUAAAAGUGUUUUUACAGUUUCUGCAAUGAUGUUACCUCCUAAAACAGAGCAAAACAGCGCAAAUUAAAGUUUAGAAAUGCAACGUACAGCUUUGUAACGAAAUGUAAAAAAUAAAUGCCACGAAGUGCUAAACUCGAUGAAAAUGAGAUAAAUGUAAUGAACGGUUGCAUUGCACAGAAGUUAUAAAUUCCAAUGCUGAAAAAUUUAAAACCAAAGUCAGCUGCUGUUUUGGAGUUUUUAUUAAAAGUUUACGUAACAAUUUUUACUCUUGUGUACGUCGAAUAUUAAAGAUUACUUUGCAAAAAUUUAUUUGGUCAUUCACUGCUUUUCGCGGGCCCCUAUUCUGCUACCGCCUUGGAUCGAUUAAAUCCUUAAAUAAUUUAGCUACUGUGUGCUGUUUAGGAUUAGUAUACUGCUGUACAAGUAGAUUCGUCUGCUAAGCUUUGGGCCUAAGAAUGGUGGCGACUUUUGGUCUGUCGCAUCUGUGCAUUCUUGAUUUGAAAAUUAGUAAGCUAAGCUGAAGCCCUGUUGAUACAUAAAGAAUACCAUAUUGUUGUAAAUUAAUUUCAUUAUUUUUCUAAAUCUAUUUUCGUUACUGUGUAAAUAGUUAUCGAAUGAGAUGCAGAUAUCAAUAUUAUAUGAACAUUUGUAAAGAUUUUGCAGACAAAUAAUCUGUUUUGAGUUUUUUUACUGAAAAACUGCACUAUCCUGAUGGCAUGACAGAACUAAUUAGCCGCCCGUUUUGAACCCUUUUAUCAAUUAUAAGCAAUUAUAAGUCAUCAUCAUCAGUUAUCACGAGUCGUGUUAAACAGUUGUCAUCACAUCUAUCUUCAUAAUCACCGUAUAUCAUCGCAAUCAUCUUCAUAAUCAUCGUUAAUCAUGAUUUGUUAUCAUUGCAAUCGUCAUUAACAAAAACACUAGCACUUCAUGUCAUUGCAGACACAGGGUAUUCCUUUCCCUUAUGCUCGUGGCAUUUUCAGAUUAGUUUGUUUCGAUGUUGGUCUGUCACAAAUGAAGACUGUUGUCUAGGGUUCUUUCUUUCAAUCUAAGUGUAAUUCCAGUUAAAAAUGUCAAUUCCAAUUCCUUAGGUACAUGUAUCAAACAUGCAUCAUUGUUUUUUCAUUCUUUGUUCUUUGUUCUUCGAUCAUGCACGCUUAGACAUUUCUCUGGGGCAUUUAACGUGCUCAAAUAAUCAUCUUGAGAGUUGAUUCUUCCUUCUGGCAAGGCUUUGCUUGAUAUUUGGUGCCUGUUGUAAAAAACCCAGUGGCUAGUCGAUUCGAAAGGUAAGAAUUAUGUCUCCAUAUAUAUUCGAUGUCGUCUAUAUAAACUGCAUCUUUUCGUGGGUCUAUUCUAUUCUUGUUGAACAGCAUUAGGCCUACCUUGAAACUUCACGGGACACGUGGCUACUAUGCACUGACAUUUCUAGCUGAACUAUUUCGUAAGUCGAUCAUCGAAACCUGAAAGUUAGCUGAAAGCUGAUAGCUGAAGUUAGUGCACAGAAUGCCGCAGUUCUGGCAAACAAUGAAAUGUUUUGUUCAUAAAGCAAAACAACUACCAGGGCGGUAUGGCGGCUAUCAUGCAGUAAGGACCAAGUUGAAGUUGUGGCGACACAUUUUACAGAAACAGCCUUAAACUUUCAGCUGGUAUAAGGUAAUUAGCCCUGAAUGAGAGUGGGCGCUCCUUGGAAAUUAGUCAAUCGCCAAAGUUCUGUGUACUGUAUCAAUAGACCAGACGGAAUUGGAAGGGAAUACCAUUUUGGGGCGGCAGAAUUUUGAUUCCCAGUUUCGAGUUCUUUACCAACUGGUGAUAUUGAAUUGUAAUGGUAAACGGGGAUUUGCCGCUGCUUUUGGGGGUCAAAUGGGGGUUAAAUCAGAAUAAGUUCCUGCUUAUUCUCUGCGAAGGAGAAGCUUAACCGGAAUGACGCUUUUAACGAAAUAAAUAUGAAAGACAGCUUAUCUUUUUUGGUAGAAAUACAUUUAAAAUAGUAUAAUGAUCUUCAAUUCGUCACAUGACGCCUAAUUACCCCAUGCCUGUCACAAAUAUAUGGGUAUCUUAUUAAAAGUGGGCAAAGCAAAAUCAUCUUUUGACACCGCAAAUUAAUUUUAGCAUGCAACUGGCUAUCAAAACAUUAAGAAGGGACUGUCGUGGUAAAACUAUAAAAAAGGGACUAUUUUUUGUUUCCACUACAUUAACGAAAGUUCUUCAAGAGCGAGUUUAUUGAAUAAAAUUUCUCCCAGAAUUUCUAUCGAUUUACUCUUUAAAACACUCAUUCGCUAUUCUAGCUCGUUUAGGCCCACUUUUCUUUUUUUAAAUGGCUUUGAAAAAAGCAAACACAUGAAAGAAUUUCGUUUUCGAUGUUCACGUUUUGCAUGAACUCAGCGAACGUAAAAGAGUCCUUGAUACAAUGUUUUGAAUAUUUUUGAAGAACAGGGUCCAAGACUUCAGAAAGCCACUUAGCCAGUUCGUGUUGUGCUGAGCCAAUCAUAGACAAAAUGGGUCUAAGUGGGACAUUCGGCUUGUGUAUUUUAGGGAGGCCAUACAUUUGUGGACGUUGUGAACCUGUGGGUCUUAUCCUAUCAUAAACUUCGUUGGUCAACACUUUUGAGUUAACCAGCUCCAAAAGGCGUUUUUGAAGUUUCCGCUCUAGCUUGGCCGUUUUAUCCUGUGUUUCGACGUCACCCAAUUUUUCGAACUUUUCUUUGUCGAGGAGAAUAUUCUCCAUUUUUUGGAUAUAGUCCUUUUUGUUCAAAAUAACCACUCCUGACCCUUUAUCAGGCUUUGUAAUAAAGAUGUCAUUAUUAGACCGUAGAGAUUUUAAUGCUUGAAAAUGUUCUCUAUGCAAAAGAAAAUCUGAGUGGUCGAUGGGAGAGCCGCUGUAAGCGUACGCCAAAUCGCUUAGUCGUGCUCGUAAUUUGUUAAAUUCCAAAGCAUCAAAAGUCGGUCUUGCAAAUCCAAAAUUAACAAUAAAACCUGCGAUUCUGCUAUCGGGCAGCAUUUGCUAGAAAACCCAGAUUGUGCAAAAAACUAUAAUGGCGACAUGUUUCGAAUUAUUGGUAAAGCCCGAUCGUCGUUCCACCUAGCAGUUUUAGAAUCUAUCUACAUAAGCACGAAAAAACCGCUACUGUGUAGACAAAAGGAGUUCGUUUUCACCUUAGGACUCCAUUGGUAACAUUCUAAUAGGCAAGCGGCACUGAUUGGUCAACCUUUACAGUCAUGUGCUCGUGUUUCUGAUUGGCCUAUUUCGAUCCACAACUGGGUAUAUAUAUUUCUUAGCGUAGAGUUUUCGAUCUAUGUUCUGACGUUUUAAACUCUGAAGAGUGUCAGACGAAAAGCUUUAGUUUACUAAAUGUUUGCUUUUUUCAAAGCCAUUUACAAGUUUUGUACCACCAAAAGAUUGUUUU